GGGAGGCUGACCUUUGCGGACGGACACGCAAGGGUGCCGCACGACUUAGGCAAAACCAGCUAAGUCCGUGACAGUGCACUUGAGUUGUCUAAAAUAGUUUACUUUUGCUGUUAAUGCCAUGGAUGACCCUUUCUAGCUAUCUCUUUUAUCAAUGCUUCUUUUACUGUAAAUUUCAAUUAAUAGCUGCUUUGAGUACUACUCAUUUGUUGAUCUUCAUACACGGAUCCAUGAAGAGCAAUAUCUUGAAUUUAAUCCCUAUAACACAUGUCUAUUGCGAGGCCACUAUUUUGUAGGUUGGACUGAUAAUUAUUAGUCUAUAAUUGGUUGGGACAUUACGGCUUGUUGUGAUAGUCUAUUGUUGGCUGUAGUACUACAUUGUUGGCUAUGGUGUAUUGAUGAUCUUUUCAAUUAUUUCCUGUUCUUCCUGUCUAUGACUUGCUUUUCUAGCCUCAUGCUAAAUUUGGUUUUUUACAUCUUCAUAAUUUAAGAACUUACUGUUGAUGGAAGAUAUUGCACUUCAGUCUUGGAGGGUUUGCAGCUUUGAUGACAGCAGCUGAAUCAGCUCAGCAUGUUCGUGGAGUUGUUUUACUAAAUUCAGCUGGACAAUUUGAAAAUCCAAGUGAACAGCCCAAGAACAAUGAAGAAGAGACGGUGUUACAGAAGUUUGUGUUCAACACACUGAAGGAAUUCAUCCAAAGAAUAAUCUUGGGGUUCCUGUUCUGGCAAGCAAAGCAACCUGCUCGUGUUGAAAAAGUCCUGAAAAGCGUGUAUAUAAAUGCCUCCAACGUAGACAAUUAUCUCGUGGAAUCGAUAACUAAGCCGGCGGAGGAUCCAAAUGCUGGAGAAGUUUAUUACAGAUUGAUGACGAGAUUUAUGUCAAACCAAAGCAAGUACACGCUCAACAGCGUCCUUAGCAAACUCUCGUGCCCAUUGUUGCUGAUAUGGGGUGACUUAGACCCUUGGGUUGGGCCUGCCAAGGCAGCUAGAAUUAAAGAGUUCUAUCCAAACACCACCGUCGUCAAUUUGCAGGCAGGGCAUUGUCCGCAUGAUGAAGUCCCUGAGCUCGUGAAUGAAGCUCUACUCAAUUGGCUAUCCUCAUUAUAACUUGAAGUCAUCACCCAAGCAUUGUGAAUUAUUUGUCAAAUACAUUCUUUGUUGGGGUAAAAACUCAACAAUAUAGGUUACAUCUAAUUUAGUCAAUAAAAUGAGAAGCAAUAGGGAUUAGAAGUUAUCCGGAAUCAUGUUUGAUGCAGUGAUUUGAUCCGAUCGUGUUGUGUUGUUUUUUAAUUUCUUUUACAUCUCAUCUAGAAAAUUGGUGCGGUGA